GCGCGUGGCCGCCAGCGCCGGAAGUGAGCGGUGGCCGCGCCGAGGAGCGCGCGGCCGGGCGCGAGGCGGUCCGCCCCUGGGCCCCGCGGCCCUCAGCCCCGCCCUGUAUGCCGGGGCCGGACGCGCGGGCUCUGUGAUCCCCGCCGCCCGGCUCUGCGGCCGACCCGCCCAGUUCCCGCCGACGCCCGCUCUGUGGGUCGGUCAGUCAGUCACCGAGCGCGCGCCGCGGGAGCUGCGGUCGCUCUCAGCGUUCGGGAGAGGAGCGUCGCGCCUGGCGAGGCGGCAGCGGCGGCUGGAGGGCGCGAGCAGCUGCUGCCUAGCGCGGGGCUCCGGGAGGGCCGAGGGGCUGCCGCGAUGGAGCAACUAUCUGAUGAAGAGAUUGACCAUGGUGCAGAAGAAGACAGUGACAAGGAAGAUCAGGACCUGGACAAAAUGUUUGGGGCCUGGCUUGGGGAGCUGGACAGACUUACUCAGAGUUUGGAUUCUGACAAGCCCAAAGAACCAGUGAAAAGAUCUCCUCUUCGCCAGGAAACAAAUAUGGCCAACUUUUCUUACCGUUUCUCCAUAUACAACUUGAAUGAAGCUCUGAAUCAGGGUGAGACUGUGGAUCUGGACGCCCUGAUGGCCGAUCUCUGCUCUAUAGAGCAGGAGCUCAGCAGUGUUGGCUCAGGAAAUAGUAAGCGCCAAGUCACAGAACCCAAAGUUGCUCAGAAGCUACCUGCUAGCCGACAUACAUCAAAACAUGGUACCCUGAGAGGAGUGUCAUCUUCCUCUACUAGAACAACUAGGCCUCCGCAUGCUAACUACUCCCUGGAUGACAUCACUGCACAGUUAGAACAGGCUUCCUUGAGCAUGGACGAGGCUGCUCAGCAGUCUGCAGUAGAAGAUGCUAAGCCUCCCGCAACAAACCAGCACAGAAGGACCGCAUCAGCAGGCACCGUGAGUGACGCCGAAGUGCGCUCCGUUAGCAACUCCUCCCGGUCGAGCAUCACUUCUGCGGCCUCCAGCAUGGAUUCUCUGGAUAUUGACAAAGUCACACGCCCUCAAGAACUGGAUUUGACAGCACACCAGGGAAAGCCAAUUACUGAGCAUGCUACCUCUCUGAGCUGUCCCAGUAAGCAGGCCAAGCACCACUCUGACUUCACUGAAGAGCAGGCCCAACUGGCACCUCACUCCUAUCUGGACAGGGAAACCUCCCUUCUUCUGAGAAACAUUGCAGGGAAGCCUUCCCAUUUGCUGACCAAGGAAGAACAGGCAGCAAAACUGAAAGCUGAGAAGAUCCGAGUUGCUCUGGAGAAAAUUAAAGAGGCUCAAGUGAAAAAGCUGGUGAUCAGGGUCCACAUGUCUGAUGACAGUUCUAAAACAAUGAUGGUGGAUGAGAGACAGACAGUGAGACAAGUGCUGGAUAACCUGAUGGACAAAUCUCACUGUGGCUACAGUUUAGACUGGUCGCUGGUGGAGACAAUUUCUGAGUUACAAAUGGAAAGAAUCUUUGAAGACCAUGAAAACUUGGUUGAAAAUCUUCUUAAUUGGACAAGAGACAGCCAAAAUAAGCUUAUAUUUAUGGAGCGUAUAGAAAAAUAUGCACUUUUUAAAAACCCCCAGAAUUACCUUCUAGGGAAAAAGGAAACGGCUGAGAUGGCAGACAGAAACAAAGAAGUGCUGUUAGAGGAAUGUUUUUGUGGAAGUUCUGUAACUGUCCCAGAAAUUGAAGGAGUCCUUUGGUUGAAAGAUGAUGGCAAGAAGUCCUGGAAAAAGCGUUAUUUUCUCUUGCGAGCAUCUGGUAUCUACUAUGUCCCUAAAGGGAAAGCAAAGGUAUCUCGGGAUCUAGUGUGCUUUCUCCAGCUGGAUCAUGUAAAUGUAUACUAUGGGCAGGACUAUCGGAACAAAUACAAAGCACCCACAGACUGCUGUCUGGCCUUAAAGCACCCACAGAUCCAGAAGAAGUCUCAGUACAUCAAGUACCUUUGUUGUGAUGAUGCAAGGACCCUGCAUCAGUGGGUCAAUGGGAUCCGCAUUGCCAAGUAUGGGAAGCAGCUCUACACGAAUUACCAAGAAGCCUUGAAGAGGACAGAGUCAGCUUAUGAUUGGACCUCUUUAUCCAGCUCCAGCAUUAAAUCCGGAUCCAGUUCUUCCAGUAUCCCAGAGUCUCAGUCCAAUCACUCUAAUCAGUCUGACAGUGGAGUGUCUGACACCCUGCCCUCCGGACACAUCCGCUCCCAAAGUACUGUGAGCUCUAUCUUCUCGGAAGCCUGGAAGCGAGGCACUCAGUUGGAAGAGUCCAGCAAGGCCAGAAUGGAGUCUAUGAAUCGGUCCUACACUUCACUUAUGCCCCCCCUGUCCCCUCAAACUAAGAUCAUCACUCCCUAUACUGCCUCACAACCUUCACCACCUCUGCCUCCUCCUCCACCACCACCUCCUCCUCCUCCACCUCCACCACCACCACCUCCUCCUCCUCUCCCCAGCCAGUCUGCACCAUCUUCAGGCUCAGCAGCCACCAUGUUUGUCAAGUACAGCACAAUCACCAGGCUGCAGAAUGCAGCUCAGCAUUCAGGGACCCUGUUUAAGUCUCCAGCACCAUCAGCGAUGCAGCCUCUUCCUUUGGCUUCACAGUCCAAGGCUCAAAUUGUGGUGCCCCCCAAUGGAGUUAUUCCUCCACCCCCUCCUCCUCCCCCACCCCCAACCCCCGGCUCAGCCAUGGCCCAGUUAAAGCCAGUGCCAUGUGCCCCAUCCCUACCACAGUUCAGCCCCCAACCUCCACCCCUGAAGAUUCAUCAGGUUCAGCAUCUUCCUCAGGCAGCCCCUCCUACACCCCCAGCAGCUCCUCUCAUCCCUGCAACUGUGCCACCUCAAGCACCCCCUAAACCUCUGGUGACCAUUCCUCCUUCAGCCAGCACAAAGAUGGUGUCACCAGUAGUAGCACAAGCUGUACCACCUACCCCUGCACCUCCAGUGCCCCCAACAAAGAAACAGCCAGUAUUCCCUGUUUCUCACAUUCCACCCACUCCCCCUGUCCAGCCUACCCCACAUCCCCCACCAACACUACCCAAGCAGCAGAGCUUUGGGGUGAAGCCACCCCCCUCUCCACUGUCCCCUGUGCCCUCAGUUGUGAAGCAGAUGGCCAGUCAGUUUCCACCCCCUCCCACUCCUCCUCCUGUGGACUCUCAGCCCCUAAAACCUCUCCCAGCAAGUGUCACCCCACAGUCCCCUCCUGCAGUAAAAGCAAAACCCAAAUGGCAGCCCAGUUCAAUCCCUGCCCCUUCUCCAGAUUUCCCUCCUCCCCCUCCUGAAAGCAGCCUGGUAUUUCCUCCACCACCUCCUCCAGCCCCAGUCCCACCACCACCACCACCACCACCUCCACCACCACCACCACCACCAGUGUCACCUAUGGCUUCACCUACCCCUGACAAAGGUGGAUCUCCAGGCAAAAAGACAAGUAAGAUGUCCAGCCCUGGGGGGAAGAAACCACCCCCAACCCCGCAGCGCAACUCCAGCAUUAAGUCCGGCAGUUGUGCAGAGCACCCUGAGCCCAAGCGACCCUCGGUAGACAGUCUAGUCAGCAAGUUUGCACCGCCAGCAGAAUCAGGGUCUCCCAGCAAGGAGACCCCACCACCUCCUGCAGCACCCCCCAAACCUGGGAAACUACACCUUUCUGGAGUCAACCUCCCUGGAAUCCAUCAGCAAGGGAUUUUGUCGGCAAAACCCUCUGUUCUAAGUGGGCGUGGAAAGGACGCCGUGGUGGAAUUUCCAUCUCCACCAUCUGAUUCUGACUUUCCACCCCCUCCUCCUGAAAUAGAGCUUCCUCUACCCCCUAUCGAGAUUCCAGCUGUCUUCUCCGGGAACACCUCCCCAAAAGUGGCAGUUGUUAAUCCUCAGCCACAGCUAUGGUCUAAAACAUCAGUGAAGAAGGCCCCUCCACCUACCCGGCCCAAACGCAAUGAUAGUACCCGUCUCACUCAAGCUGACAUCUCUGAACAGCCAGCGAUGACCACAGUUGUGCCACAAGUGCCCACUUCUCCUAAAUCCAGCCUUAGCGUCCAGCCUGGAUUCCUAGCUGAUCUCAACAGGACACUGCAGCGCAAGUCUAUCACACGGCAUGGCUCCCUCUCCUCCUCACGUAUGUCUAGAGCAGAACCCACAGCCACAAUGGACGACAUGGCACUACCCCCACCACCACCAGAACUGCUGUCUGACCAGCAGAAAGCUGGCUUUGGAGGUAGUCAUAUUUCAGGCUAUGCAACAUUGCGAAGAGGACCCCCUCCCGCCCCUCCUAAAAGAGACCAGAAUACUAAGCUCUCAAGAGACUGGUAGCCACAAGACAUUUUCAUGCUAUCUAUAAUCAGUUCUACAAUCAGUUCAUCUGAUCAUCUGUGAAUCCAGGUGUUCAGAGCCUCCUGAUAUGUUAUUCAGGUAGUGUCCAGCUGUGUGUGUGGGUUUGUGUGUAUAUGUGCUGCAUGUGUGUACAUGGAUGUACACACAGCUAUACAGACAGUGUGUAUAUACAUAUGUAUACAUCUAUGUGUAUAUAUACAGAGAACUGAUUCUAUUUAUUCCUUCUGCCUCCUAAUCCAAAUAUGGAGUUUUGUAUAUUUUGGGUGGAAGAAGACAUAGGAGGGGAUAUGUUGUCACUUAAAACUUGUCUAGUGUAUGGAUUGGACCAAAUACUAGAAGGUAUUUCCUGUGUCUAUCCACGUGCCACCUAUCUGUGCAUGUGUUAUAGGAGAUGGGCAGUUUCUCAGCUAGAGUGUAUCAUCAGAAUGUUUGGUGUACUGAUAGGGCUUUUUUCUCUAUUUCUCCCAGUUUUUCCCAGUUCACUGGAUUUAGAACUGCUUGACUGACACUUAAAUACUACAUGUAAAGGGGCACUUUACAUCAGGGAAACUAUUAUACAGAAUGGGUAAACAGUGCAGGAAAGGGAGUGGUUGUAAAUGGGAAAGUCAUGGCCGUUCUAGUUGCAGUACUGCCAUGACCCCAGCCACAUCUAAGAUGUCUUCACAGGUAAGCUUUGUGUCCACAGCACAAGGAAUAUUUAAUGUUAUGAUCUGGGCUACCUUCAGUACUGUCUUGCAAAGCUUCAUCAACUUGGCUUUAUGAUUCUUGCUUUAUUGUGAAUGUCCAGUACACAUUGUAAUGUACUGUUCAGUUAUGUCUUCGGGUCACAAUCAUCUUCAUAUAUAGUGUGUGCAUUCAUAGACAUUUGAAUACAUGAAUAGUCUGAGUAUGAAAUAUAUACCCUGUGCCCAGUUUGGUUCAUUAUUAUAAAGACAGUCGCCUGCUGCAAUGCCUCCUUUACAAAUUGUUCUAUGAGAAAGAAAGAAAAAACUAAACUGGCCCCUGUACAGAUAUCUUUGAUGAAGUUACAAUGCAAAGAAUCCAUCUGGGAAUGGGAUUGUCAUGAACAAAAAGUUUCCAUAAUUUCAUCCAUAGCUAGUGGAGCUGCUAAGACCUUUGUUUGCUAUUCACAGCUCAAGUGUAGAGAUUUUUAUAAGUGACCAGAUGUUCUGAUGGAGCAGUGUCACAGUCCAGUGACAGUAAGUGACACACUGGCUAUGCAAAGGCAGCUAGGCAAACCUUGGCUGCACUGCUCCUAUUCUGUGUGCUUUUGGUAUGAGAAGUGUGUGCUCAUCAACUUAGAGUGACCUUAGAGCUAGCUAUUUUAAGAGGAUAAAAACUGGCCAUCCCACCAAUUACAAGUGAACAUGUCUUGUAAAGAAAGGCUGCCUACUAAAAAAAUAACCAGUGCCAAAUGCAAUCUUUUGGUCCUGUCCCUCAAAGAGAAAGCGGCUGCAAUGGAUCUGGGCCAAGACUCACUAGAGAGCAUAGUAUUUGUACUACUUCGUCAUAAAGACGUGCGAGUGGCACCCUUGUCACAUCUGCAGCCACUGUUCAGUGCCGUCACACAUUAGGAAGGAAAAAGACCAUUUAAGUCAUUGUAUUUUUUAAAACCCAACUUAAGGAAAUUUAUUGAAUCUUUCAAAUUGUUCACCAAGUAUUUAUGCUUGAUAUUCCUAUGAUGAAAUGACCUUUAACAUACUGAAUUGUUAGUUUCAACAAACACAACAAAUGCAGUCAAUCUGAGUACAGAGGCCAAGCCCCACUGAGGCUGGGAGAAGUGCUGCUUCCCUGUGCUUAUCAACCUGUGGCUCUACGUUCAAGAGAGUGGAUCCGGUUAUCCCCAGUAUUACUUUUUUCUUUUUAAAUUAAACCAGAUGAAACAAUUUAAGAUUUCCUUGAGUGGAAAAAUAUGUACUUCCGGUCUAUAUUAAGCCCUAAAUCAAUAGCCUUCUCUUUUUUUCCAGUGUGGAUUUCAUGGGAAUUCUUAAGACAUCCUGAGCUAUGACUUCUGUUUUAUUGUCAUGGGAGGGCAGAUAACUUUGAAAACCAGUAAUGCCAAAAAAAUGAGAGAGCAGUAACUACCCAUUUCUAACUCGCAUGACAGCACCCAGUUUCUUUAUAUUUCUCAAAGAUAAUAGCUGUUAAUUUUUUUUUAAAAAAGGUGAUACAUCGCAAUCUUUUUUUUUUUUUUUUUUUAGGUGACACAUUCCAAUCUUUGUUUUUAGCUGCCUAGAGUGUUUGAAGGUUGUGCUGAGGUGUAGUCUUGUUGCUUCUCUGUCUCUGAUGUGUUUGUUCAUGGACAAGACCCACUGCCAGACAACACUGGUUCUGUGCCUUCUCUCACUGCCCUUUGCUUGGCAGCUCCAGCUUACAUGGCUUUUUAGGCCAGUGAAAGGCACCCAGAGGCUGCCUGGACUGACUAGUGAAUAGGGUGAAGGACCUUCCCCUGAGGGCAGAACAGGUGCUUUUCAGAACUGGUGACUAGCUUUUUGACAACCUUAAUUUUUACUAUAUAAGUAAUCUCAAGAGUCUCUAGUGCUGAAGCUUUGGCACCAACUCUGAAGGGCAGCAGAAAACCACACUCCAGCUCACAGCUGUUAGAACGCUCGUCUACGUGAAUCUCACCACCUUGGCUUUUACUCCCAGGAGAUUUACAUGCUCAUUUGAAGGGGAGAAAAUUAAUUUUUAAGAUGUCCACUCACAGAUAACUAGAUUUUUUUCAAUAUCUGAACUUUUUAACCUGAGAAAGAUGGCUGUAUCUUACAGAUUAUCAAAAAGACAUUUUCAUCAGAUAAUUAAAACUAAUAAAGAUGACUGUGGGUUUUUUUUAAGUCCUUCAAAAUUAAGGUGCUCCUACCCCAUGGAUGGCAUAUCUUGCAAAGGGCUAAGAACUGUUUUGGGUUCCUUUUGUGUUACUUUGAUGUUAUAAAUAAUGUUGAAUUUGUCUAAACAGGAUUGAGAGGUCACAGGGUAACAAUUCCAAAAUUCAGAUUAACAGAGGUUUCAGAACCUGGAUUUGUUCAUCAGACUUUGAACUGAACAUAUUGUCACCUUUGCUAUUCAAAACCAAUUUUAUGUUACAAACACAAGGCAGUGUUUAAUCAAGUAAAAAAAUUCAUGCAAAUAUUUCCAUGUAUCUUCAGAAAUCAGAAACAGCAUUAUAACUGAUGUAAUCCCAGAUUCUACGCUAGCUUACUAAUUAAAAUAAUGGUCCUCUAUGGUUAGGUGACAAUUUCUAAUAAAAUAGGUAAAAAUACCUUUCUUUAUUAAAAAAAUCCCUUUCAAAUUAAAAAUACCUUUUGGAAUAUUAAUUACUUUUUAAUUUCUACUUUGCUUUAUCUGUAAUAUAUAACCUCCAAGUUUACCCAAGGGAAAUGCGAGAACAAAACUGAAUAUCCCACCAUCUUUUAAGAAGGUCCUUUUAAAAUGCAAUGAAAAUAUGUUACACCUUUAAAACUCUAGCAUCAAAAAUUACAAGUGCUCAGUGCCCUUAGGAGGACUAUAUGUAAAAGAAACCUAAAAUCUAGUGAAUUUAAUGAAAUAACAUACUUCCUAUGUAUACAAUGUAUGGGAGGGGGACAGGGGCUCUAAUGGGUUUUCUCUGAAGUAAACCAUGAAAGCUACCUGCUGGUAUCCCCAGUGCCUUGAACUCUUUAGAGAAUAGCAUUUAAAAACAACAUAAACCACACAUAAACUUUUGAGGUGCUAAUGAAAGAGAAGGAAGGUAAGUAUUUUUGAAGUUUGGGCAGAAAUGGGGAGGGGGUGACUCUUAGAAGAGGUUUUUCACCCACCUACAUGAGUAUUCCACUAAAAGAUGAAAAAGUGGUUUAGAAAAGUGGCUCAAGUCAACACUAGUCACACUUAAUAUCUGGCCAAAUUGGGAACAUGUUGUUCAUGAGCUGUGAAUUUCAAGCAAGGGAUUAAGAAUCAACUUCCUUUUAAAUAAAAAAAAUAAUAAUAAUAAUAAUCAACUUCUUAGGAAGACGUGGUUGCAGCAGGAGAUACAAGGGAUACAUUUUUUUUAAAAAACUAGCCAUUAAAUUUGUUACAAGUUAAUACCAAAAUCUGCAGUUUUUCCUAAUUCCACCUCCUAGUUCUUCCUGUAUUUGUAAAUAGUCCCUCCUAGAAAAUAAGCAUUAACUGGAAUGUGUUAAAUGACUGCUUAGUUUUACUGUCAGCCACUAGUGAACUCUUCUUCCUGAGAUGCAUAGGUAAAAUAAAUGAUUAGCGUGUGCUAAGUGUUGUAAAAAUACUGUUUACUGUUUUCAAAGAGAAUUGCACAGUAUCUUUAACUGGGGUUGUCCUCUUCUGUUUCUUUUAAAGAAAAAUGGAGUCAAGGCUCACUCUGACUUCUAGCUGUGAGAAUUUUGUCAUAAAUAGAUAUAAUGUAGAAAUAUACUUUUUUAAAGCAUGUACCUGAAAGAGGACAUUAUUCAGAGGAUUAUGCACAGCUUGAUAAGGAUGAAGUUGUGGUUUUCUUUCAGCCUUGUUGCUAUUAUUUUCUUCUGCAUAAAUGUACUCAUUUCAUUAUGUGCCUUGCUCCCUGAUUGUGCAAAGCUAUAUAUAUACAUACAAAUAUAUAUAUAUAUAUAUAUAUAUAUGAGAGAGAUAUAUUCACUCAGUACUACUGAUGUUUUUGUUCUACUGCUGGAUUAAGUUAUUGUCUGAGUUACACUUGCCACGUGUCAUAAACUAUUGUAAUGGCUUAGGACAGUGGUCAUAUAAACAGAGUAAAUUUGUUUUUCCAGUUACAUUAUUUUGUCAUCUAUCCCAAUACUUAAUAAAAAAAUUUACAUAAAUUCCAUUUAAACACAAAGAUUUCAAGUGUUUUGGAUGAGCACUAUUAAGAGCCUGGUUUUGAAGGGUGGGAGAGAUGACUCAGCUGUUAAGAAUGCUUUCUGCUCUUCCAGAGGACCAGAGUUCAGUUCCCAGCACCCUCGUCGGGCAACUCAAAACCACCUGUAACUCCAGCUCCAAAGGAUCCAAUGCCCUCUUCUGGCCUCCAAAGGCACCUGACCAUGUGUGGCAUACAUACACUUAAAUAAAAGUAAAUUUUUAAAGAA